AUGAAAAAAGUUGCUGUUUAUUUAAAUUAUUUGCAACGACAAUGUGAUAUUGCAUUCACGCAUUCAAAGGACAAAGCCGCAUUCAGACAAGAGAAGAUGAAUUAUACUGUUACCGCAGGGGCUAUAUUUGGACGUAUACGUAGCCGCGCUACCGCUACUAAGCGAUAUCCCUUUUGGCAGCAAGAUUAUACAAGUUUACAAAAAGGCAUAUUUAAAGAUAAAAAAAAUUACUUCGAGAAAACAAAUGAGCUGAUUCGUUCGCAACACUUUUGUUCGAUUACGAUAAAUGACUUUUCCACUGUGCGCGGUAUUGUCGAUAUUGACGAUCGUAAUUUGUCAAUAUGUAUAAUUUUUUGUCCCACAGUUGUUCACGCCAAUCCUACUUUGUGGAUGUAG